AUGUUCCAAGCGUUCCUCAACUGGCUGAGGAGCCUCUUCUUCUCUAAGCUAUGCGAUAUCGCCCUGAUUGGGCUGCAGAACUCGGGCAAGGUGCGUGGGGCUUGAUGGGGGUUGAUACACGUGACGACCGCCGACCGGGGCGAGGGGCGACGGGCGACGGGAGAUGACUCGACGCGAGCGGCGAGGCGAGGCGUCACGGUGCUGUACAAAGCGGACGACAGUUCACUGACGCAGUCUAUUGACUUCGUAUUGUAGACAUCGCUCGUCAACGUCUUGGCCGCCGGAGAAUUCAGUAGCUCGAUGAUACCGACAGUGUGAGCCCGAUUGUGGAGCUCAUCAAGCGGUGAAAAGGGCCUAGCAAAUUCUGAUCGGUGCGAUGAUCUUUACAGAGGCUUCAAUCUGAGGAGGGUACAGAAAGGCAAUGUCGUGAGUGGUCGUUCUCAGAUUGGUAGACUCUCACUUUUCUCGCGCUGACCUGAUCGAGUUUACCGAGCAGACCUUCAAACUAUGGGGUCAGUCGGCACCUUCUCCCGCUCUUAGCCGAUCCGAGCACAUAGAGACGACUUCGAAUGAAAAUAGUCGAAUCUGACACCCGCGGAGAUUAUUCAACCAGAUAUCGGUGGACAGCCGAGGUUCAGAUCCAUGUGGGAACGGUGAGUGUGGUCCGAUCCGAGGGCCGAUCUGAGCCCCACAUCCGAGACUGCUGACUCUGGAAGUCUUGCUCCGUUCAGGUAUUGCCGAGGAGUCAACGCCAUUGUGUGAGUAUGAUCAGAGACUAUACUGUUUGUGGCCACUCGGACUGACAAUGAGACCUCUCUGUACAGAUUUAUCGUCGACUCGGCCGAUCAAGAUUCGUUUCCGUCUGCCAAAGCCGAGCUGCACGCGCUGUUGGAGAAACCACAAUUGGGGGGAAUUCCGUUGCUCGUCUUGGGCAACAAGAAUGAUAUCGAGGGGCAUGCCAAGGUCGAGGAGGUCAUCUCGGCGUUGGCGUUGUCGACGAUCACGAACCGCGAAGUUUCUUGCUAUUCCAUCUCGGGUUCGUCCAAAGCAUGAAUCUCGGCGUGCUGACAUUGUCGUGAGCUUGGGGAGCUGAUAGUGACUGUGUUUCUUUGCUGUUACUGCUACAGCCAAGUCCAAGAAGAAUAUCGACAUCACCUUGUCUUGGUGCGUGACAGCUGUUCUGGCAGCCUGGAGAGGAGCACGCUGAUCUGACCCUUUUUUUUCACUCUUGCCCUCGACAGGUUGAUCAAGCGAGCUUGA